CGCCUCCGCGUUGUUGGUGUGGUCUCGACGAUCUCUUAGUCCAUUUUACAAGCGAAAUGUUGUCGGAGCGAAAAUCGCUGCAUAUGUACGCCAAAAUUCAUCCCCCAUUGCUUGCUCCACCAUACCUAGUACACAGAGAAUGCUACAUUUCAUGCCGCGUCCACACCAUCCUCCUAUAUUUAUUUUCACAGCACUCCAUCCAAUUUAUAAUUAUCGUCCUGCUUUUUACAUGCCCAUUAAACUGACAUAAUUUCUCCAACGCAGACUGUUG